AUGUCCUUAACAACGAAUAGAAUCGCAUUGGCACCAAUUAAAGAAAGUCACUUGAAUUCAACUCCUUCAUCUAAUGCCAGUACACCAAAGAAGAGACCAAGUUUAGUUUCCAUGAAUAAGCAAUUUGCUGGUAAUUUCUCCAAAAAGAAAGCUGAUUUAAUUACUAGAUCCUUCACAAUAUCUGAAUCCGCUACUUCUUUAAGCAAGACCUUUUCUCCAUUUCAAUCGCUUAGUUUCUCCGAUUCAAGAUCAACUUCAAACAAUUCUUCAUCUUCGGUUAGAAUCAAAGUUAUUAAACCUAAUAAUCAAAACAAAAACGAUGCAGCUGGUUUAGCAGCCACCAAAUUAAAAUUAAAGCUACAACUAGCUCUCUACAAAAUCCAACAAAAACAAUCAACCAUAACGCGUCCAAUAACCAAAAACACCAAAAUGGUAGCUGACGAAACCACAACAAUAAAAUUCAAUUCAGCAACCUCUCUUAAAUUCCUUAGUCCUCCAAAUUCCGCAAAGAGUUCUAGCUUCACUUCGCCAACCCGUCAAACUCCAGUAAUAAAUCCAAUAGGAGAAUUUGCAUCCUUACCAACGCCACCAGAACCAAGAAACUACUCAUCCUCAGUUAAUAUCAACUUAGAAACAAAAACCAAAUUAUUGGCGGCCGUUAACAACGAACAUGAACAGCGGCCAUCAUUAUCUAAAAUUGCGCAUAGUAAGCAAUUAAGUGUCAAGAGAAGAAUUCAAAAAUUGAAAUUAUAUCAAAUAAGAAAAGAUUCAAUAUUUUAUUCUGAUAACAACCAUGGUAAAUUACCUUUAGUUCCAGGUGAAACCAAUACCAACCCAAUACGCACAUCAUCAUCAAACUCAUUAAACAUAGCUACUGCUGGCCCUACUUUUUCUACUUGUUCUAAUGGCAAUUUGGCAAGUAUGAUAAACACAACUAAUUCAUUAAUUUUUCCAUUUGCAACAAAUUCAACAUAUCAUUGCGCUACCAACAAUAAUCAUCCAGACUCUACUUCUCCCAAGGCUAAAGAAGCAUCUUCAUUACCUUCAAUUCUUCUUAAUCCACCAGGAACUAAUCAGUCCUUCUCAGCUAGUCAUGCAACUUAUUUACCAUCGAUCAAUAAGAUUUUGAGAACUCCAAUUAAAAAAGCAAAUUCAACACGUUAUUAUCAACAAAAUAUUGCCAACAAUAAUAAUCACAGUGGGAGAUUGACUCGUUUGCAUACCACUAGCGAUGAUACUACUAUUGAUGAAGAUGUCGAUAUGACGAUCAUCAAUAACACAACCACCGUGGAACAUGAUACCACUAUUGCUGAAAGGAAUGAUGGCGAUGAAGACGAAGAGGACGAUGAUGAAGAUGAAGAUGAUAUGGAUGCUAGAAAGAAAAGUGUGCUCAGUUCAUCUCCAUUACCUAAUCAUUUCGGAACCCCUAAUAGUUUCAGUAUUGCAAAAUCAUUAUUGCAAUUAGGAGGUCAUCAAAUGUGA